GUGGGAGCCGCAGCGUCGGGCCGCGUGUCUGCGCCUGCGCGGGGCGCCCAGGGGACGGGGUCGGACACAGAAAUGGCGGCGUCCAUGUUCUACAGCCGGCUGCUGGCCGGGACCACCCUCCGGAGCCACCGGCCCCAGACGGCGCUGCGGGCGGCCGCGCAGGUUCUGGGAAGUUCUGGACUAUUUAACAACCAUGGACUCCAAGUACAGCAGCAACAGCAAAGGAAUCUCUCAUUACAUGAAUACAUGAGUAUGGAAUUGUUGCAAGAAGCUGGUGUCUCUGUUCCCAAAGGACAAGUGGCUAAGUCUCCAGAUGAAGCUUAUGCAAUUGCCAAAAAAUUAGGUACGAAAGAUGUUGUGAUUAAGGCACAGGUUUUAGCUGGUGGCAGAGGAAAAGGAACAUUUGAAAGUGGCCUCAAAGGAGGAGUGAAGAUAGUUUUUUCUCCAGAAGAAGCAAAAGCUGUUUCCUCACAAAUGAUUGGGAAAAAAUUAUUCACCAAGCAAACAGGAGAAAAGGGCAGAAUAUGCAACCAAGUAUUGGUUUGUGAGCGAAGAUAUCCCAGGAGAGAAUACUACUUUGCAAUAACAAUGGAGAGGACGUUUCAGGGUCCUGUACUAAUAGGAAGUUCUCAAGGUGGUGUCAACAUUGAAGAUGUUGCUGCUGAGACUCCAGAGGCCAUUGUUAAGGAACCUAUUGAUAUUGUAGAAGGAAUCAAAAAGGAACAAGCUGUCCGGCUUGCACAGAAGAUGGGAUUUCCAGCUAACACUGUGGAUUCUGCGGCAGAUAACAUGGUCAAGCUUUACAACCUUUUUCUAAAAUACGAUGCAACCAUGGUAGAAAUAAACCCAAUGGUAGAGGAUUCAGAUGGCGCUGUGCUAUGUAUGGAUGCAAAGAUCAAUUUUGAUUCUAAUUCAGCAUAUCGCCAGAAGAAAAUCUUUGAUCUGCAGGACUGGACCCAGGAAGAUGAAAGGGAUAAAGAUGCAGCUAAGGCAGAUUUGAACUACAUUGGCCUAGAUGGAAAUAUAGGCUGUCUAGUAAAUGGUGCUGGUUUGGCUAUGGCCACAAUGGAUAUAAUAAAACUUCAUGGAGGGACUCCAGCCAACUUUCUUGAUGUUGGCGGUGGUGCCACAGUUCAUCAAGUAACAGAAGCAUUUAAACUCAUCACUUCAGAUAAAAAUGUACUGUCUAUUUUGGUCAACAUUUUUGGAGGAAUCAUGCGGUGUGAUGUUAUUGCACAGGGUAUAGUUAUGGCAGUAAAGGAUCUGGACAUUAAAAUACCUAUUGUGGUACGGUUACAAGGUACACGAGUUGAUGAUGCUAAGGCACUGAUAGCAGACAGUGGACUGAAAAUUCUUGCUUGUGAUGACUUGGAUGAGGCUGCUAAAAUGGUUGUGAAGCUUUCUGAAAUAGUGACCUUAGCCAAGCAAGCCCAGGUAGACGUGAAAUUUCAGCUGCCAAUCUGAUUGGAGAAAUUGAUCUAUAGUUGAAGGAGUAAAAUGUGCUUCAAUUGUUCAGAUACUGUGUUCUGUAUUAUUAUUGUUCUUUUCCCCCUUAAUAUGUGGAGAUUGUAUUCCUCUUAGGCACAAAGCCUUUUUAAAGCAUUUCAUCUGCAUUUAAUUUUGAUGUCCAAAACAGACUGUUUAUAUAAAAAUUAUGUAUGGCAGAUAUCUGCUUUCUUUUAUUCCAGCUUUCUUUUUCACUUCUACAGAAUGUCACUUGCAAUAUGCAAUUUAUUGUUGUUGGAUACAGCAUUCUUCAUUGAUGAAUACUAUGAAUAAAAUAAUGAAGAUAAAUAAAAUAAGAUAAAGCAUUAUUCUUCAGUGCUAGUAACACAUCUGGUAACGAGCUUCAUUAGUAGAGCAAUGUACUACAGUGUUUUAUGUAAGAAGUGUUUAUUCUGAACAUCAAAUGCCUAAUUAAAUAUGUCAGUCACUAUUUAUGAGCAGCUUUCAACACUCCCUAGAUUUUUUUUAAGUAUUUAAGUGAUGUUAUUUGUUAAUUAUUUAAACAUUGUUUUAAUUAUGACAAAACACUGAUUACUCCAAGUCAUCAUGAUCCUGUGGUAUUAAGAAGAGCCUGUAGGUUGCAUCAAAUAAAGUUGUAUUUACCAGCAACUUAGCAAACAGAAUUAAUAGUCAUUUUUAAGUUAAUAAAAAUCUCCCAAUGUGAUCUGGA